GAGGUAGUCUUUCCGAGAGACAAGAAGAUGGCGGCGCUCCGGGUGGUUGUGCUCUCCGGAUGCGGGAGAGUCCUCCUUAAUGCACCGAAAACGUUGCAUACACCUCGGGCCAGGAUGUCUUUUGCCAGCUUACCUAGGGGGAGGAAGGUAGCCCUGACCACACUGGGGGUGUUGACAACAGGUGGGGCAGGACUGGCCCUCAUGCUCCAUCAGUCAGUGAAGGCUUCAGAUCUAGAGCUGCACCCCCCCUCCUUCCCCUGGAGCCAUAACGGCUUGCUGUCUUCCCUUGACCACGCCAGUAUCCGCCGUGGAUACCAGGUCUAUAAGCAGGUGUGUGCUGCGUGCCACAGUAUGGAGUACCUGGCUUUCCGUAACCUGGUAGGAGUAUCGCACACAGAGGAAGAGGUCAAAGCAUUAGCCGAGGAGAUUGAAGUUGUGGAUGGUCCUGAUGAGUCGGGAGAGAUGUUUACCCGGCCUGGAAAGCUUUCGGAUUACUUUCCCAAACCCUAUGCCAAUCCUGAAGCAGCUCGUGCUGCUAACAGUGGAGCUCUGCCUCCUGACCUCAGCUAUAUUGUCAGUGCAAGGCAUGGAGGUGAGGACUAUGUGUUCUCUCUGCUGACUGGUUAUUGUGAUCCACCAGCUGGCGUGCCUUUGAGGGAAGAACUUUAUUACAACCCCUACUUCCCUGGCCAGGCUAUUGCCAUGGCCCCACCAAUCUACAAUGAGGUUCUUGAAUAUGAAGAUGGAACACCAGCUACUAUGAGUCAGGUGGCUAAAGAUGUCUGCACUUUCCUAAAGUGGGCUGCCGAGCCAGAGCAUGACCAGCGCAAAUGCAUGGGACUAAAGUUGCUAAUGGGUUGUGCUGUGGUCAUCCCUCUGGUCUACUACUUAAAGAGACACAGGUGGUCUGUGCUGAAGAGUAGGAAAAUUGCCUACAGGCCUCCCAAAUAAGGCUGGCUAGCUGCCUUCAGCCUUAGUUGUCUUCAAUACAGUUGCUAAACUGAUUCACAUUGUCUACUUUUUCAACAUGCACGGUGUAUUGAGAUAAGGUUGUCCUAAUCUGUUGUCUGAGGAUUGUCACAGUGUUCCAUUUGGUUUAUGGACUUGGGGAGUGGGCGCUAACUAAACCUGUAUUUUUGCUUUAAUGUACAAAAAUAAAUUAUCUGAAGAAAACUGAUAAAGGCUGA